AUGGUCAAGCCCCCAGUCGACACUAGAUUGCGGGUGUUCUUCGCGAGCACGGACGAUUCGGCGGCCGACGACGUCGAGUCAGAGGAGGAAGAGGACGACCAAGUCAAUGGAAAUCGUCCGCCGCCGUUCUUGGAGACCCAGCUACGACUGGUGAAGGAAGAGAACAAAGAACUGAGAGAGGCGUUGAGACACCGCACCAUCAUGAACGACUACCUCCGAAGGCGAAUCGCUUACGACGAAGAACGUCUCCAAAGCAAUCGAGGCGGAGUUGUUGCGCCGUCCAAUCGUGAUUCCAAUGACAGGGAUCCAGAAGGAAUCGCGACGAAAAAAGUUCGCGUCUCUGUUCGACUCAAAACUGAAGAAAACAAGAAUCAGGAUGGUUGCCAGUGGAGGAAGUAUGGGCAGAAGAAGGCUAAAGGAAAUCCGGCCCCCCGUGCUUAUUACCGUUGCACGAUGGCCGAUCAAUGUCCCGUUCGAAAGAAGCUGCAAAGGUGCGCGGAGGAUAAGUCGGUAUUGGUGGUCACGUACGAAGGGACUCACAGCCACCCACUGCCGCCGCCGGCUUUAAUGAUGGCAAACGCCACCUCUGCUGCGGCGAGGAUGAUGUUGUCGAAUUCCGUGCAAAGUGGCAGCGUGUUGAUGAACCCGGCGAUCCCCUUCGCCUCCGGCGGCACCGUCAGCAUCUCCGCCUCUGCGCCGGUUCCCACCGUGACACUGGACCUCACGCAAGCUCAAAACAGCGCCUUGGCUUCCCAGCUCCAGGUGCCAUCGUCCGCCAUGGUUGGUGGCGCUGUUGCCCAAUUGGCGGCGGGGCAGCCAACUGCUGAGGGCAUGACGCCCUCUGCGUUCGACGCGGUGGUCAGGAACAUUAUGGCGGACUCAAACUUCAGGACUGCGCUCAAGGCGGCCAUCAAUGCCGCCAUCAACGACGGCGCAGGCCCCAGUAAUCACUGA